UUUUUUCUUUGGUUUCAAUCAAAAAGUUUGAAGCUUUUGAAGUUUUCCUUCAUGGGUUUUUGAUUUUUUAAAAAUAAAUUAAUGAUUUUUUAAUUUGGGUAUUAGUAAAAAAGUGGGGAGUGACACAAGAAGCAGUAUAGUCAUUAGUUUUCCACUAAGCAAAGCACCGAGAAGUUCACCAACAACAAUAAAGACUCAAUAUGUGUCUUUGUUUGUGACUUUGGGAUCAUCUGAGACACUAAGAUGAGAGGAGAUAGCUUCUCGAUGAGUAUUGAGAAUCUUCCUGAUUCUCCAAUGGGUUCAAGAAGGAAGAAGAUGAAGAUCAGGAAAGUGUUUGAUAAAAUGACUGAGUUGGUUGCCCCUUGGAGAAGUAAUUUAGAGAGUCCAAGAGAGAGGAUGAUUUUGCGUGGUGAUGUUGAGCAAGAUGAGUUUCAGUACGCCAGUAGUCACUGUUUGUCUUCUUACUACAGCGUCUUUGUUGUUCGCCUCGCUAUAAUGGUGAUGCUAGCGAUUCUGAUAGGGCUUUUAACCGUUCUAACAUGGCAUUUCACGAGGAUUUAUACUAAGCAGUCGCUUCAAAACUUAGCAUAUGGCCUUCGGUAUGAGCUUCUACAGCGUCCAGUCUUACGGAUGUGGAGCGUUUUAAACACCACAUCCGAACUAACAACAGCUCAGGUCAAGCUAUCUGAAUAUGUUAUAAAGAAAUAUGACAAGCCAACUACUCAAGAAGAACUCGUUGAGAUGUAUCAAGCAAUGAAAGAUGUGACUUGGGCUCUGUUUGCUAGUGCCAAAGCUCUAAAUGCCAUCACCAUAAAUUACAGAAAUGGGUUUGUCCAAGCUUUUCACAGAGAUCCAGCAAGUAGCAGCACAUUCUACAUCUUCUCCGAUCUUAAGAAUUAUUCCAUCAGUGGAACGGGGCCUGAAGAUGUAAGCGGGUGGAACAACCAGUCAAUACAUGGGAACAUGUCUGCCAUUUGGUACCAGCAACAGCUUGAUCCAAUAACAGGGGAAAAAUUAGGAAAGCCUCUUAAAAUUCCACCGGAUGAUCUGAUCAACAUUGCAGGAAUCUCACAAGUGCCUGAUGGUGAAGCUUCUUGGCAUGUGACAGUGAGCAAAUACAUGGACUCUCCGCUUCUCUCAGCAGCUUUGCCGGUCUUUGAUGCAUCCAACAGGAGUAUUGUGGCUGUUGUGGGGGUGACAACUGCACUUUACAGUGUAGGGCAGUUGAUGAGAGAUCUUGUAGAGGUCCAUGGUGGACAUAUUUAUUUGACAUCUCAAGAAGGAUACUUGCUUGCUACUUCCACAAAUGGUCCUCUUUUAACAAAUACAUCAAAAGGGCCUAAGCUAAUGAAAGCCGUUGAUUCAGAGGAGUGGGCUAUAAAGGCAGGAGCUCAGUGGUUGGAGAAAACUUAUGGAAGUAACCGCCCUCACGUUGUUCAUGCUGAGAAUGCAAAGCUUGGGGACCAACAAUAUUACAUUGAUUCAUUCUAUCUUAAUCUAAAGAGACUUCCAAUUAUAGGUGUUGUCAUUAUUCCCAGGAAGUUCAUCAUGGGAAAAGUGGAUGAAAGGGCCUUCAAGACUUUGGUGAUACUGAUUUCUGCUUCUGUCUGCAUCUUCUUUAUUGGAUGUGUCUGCAUCUUAAUUCUCACAAAUGGAGUUUCAAAGGAGAUGAAACUAAGAGCAGAACUGAUAAGGCAGCUGGAUGCAAGAAGACGAGCUGAAGCUUCAAGCAACUACAAAAGCCAGUUUUUAGCUAAUAUGAGCCAUGAGUUGAGGACACCUAUGGCUGCUGUGAUUGGAUUACUAGAUAUUCUUAUAUCAGAUGAUUGUCUUUCAAAUGAGCAAUAUGCAACAGUGACUCAGAUCAGAAAGUGCUCAACUGCUCUCCUUCGGCUUCUCAAUAACAUACUGGACUUGAGCAAGGUUGAGUCAGGAAAGCUUGUUCUAGAAGAAGCUGAGUUUGAUUUGGGACGAGAACUCGAAGGACUUGUUGACAUGUUUUCAGUGCAGUGUAUUAACCACAAUGUAGAGACAGUGUUAGACCUCUCUGAUGAUAUGCCAGCAUUAGUCCGAGGGGACUCGGCUAGACUUGUUCAAAUCUUUGCAAAUCUUAUAAGCAAUUCUAUUAAGUUUACAACAACGGGUCACAUUAUUCUUCGUGGAUGGUGUGAGAACAUGAAUUCUCUACAUGAUGAGAUGAGCUUAACUGUUGACAGAAAGAAACCAUGGGCACCAAUGAAGACAAAAAUGAUGCAACACAGAAAUCAUUUGCAGAAGUCUUGUAAGAACACAAACAAAAUGGUUCUUUGGUUUGAGGUUGAUGACACUGGAUGUGGAAUAGAUCCAAGCAAAUGGGACUCUGUGUUUGAGAGCUUUGAGCAAGCUGAUCCUUCUACCACUCGGACGCACGGAGGAACUGGUCUUGGACUGUGUAUCGUGCGGAACUUGGUAAACAAGAUGGGUGGAGAAAUCAAAGUAGUACAGAAGAAUGGCUUAGGGACUCUAAUGAGACUAUACUUGAUUUUGAGUACUCCUGACACCGCAGAUCAGAACAUCCAGCCAGAUUUCUCGAAAUACGGCCUUGUGGUUUUGCUUUCCAUGUAUGGAAGUACAGCCAGAAUGAUCACAUCGAAGUGGUUGCGUAAACACGGGAUUGCAACUGUUGAAGCAUCAGACUGGAACGAGCUGACUCAAAUCAUUAGAGACCUGUUCGAGACGGGAAGCGGUGACAACAGCUUUGAUUCACAGCACAAUAUUGCUGAUCCACUGAGAGCUGAGCUUUCAAAUAUACAAGAAAUCGAGAACCCUGUGUUUGUCAUAGUGGUGGAUAUUGGAGUACUUGAUCUCACUACAGAUAUAUGGAAGGAACAGCUUAACUACCUCGACAGAUUCUCCAGCAAAGCAAAGUUUGCUUGGCUGCUGAAGCAUGACACCUCCAAUAUAGUUAAAACAGAACUUAGACGAAAAGGCCAUGUCAUGAUGGUUAACAAACCGUUGUACAAGGCCAAGAUGAUCCAGAUUCUGGAGGCUGUAAUAAAAAAUCGGAAGAGAAGCUUGUGUAGUGGCUCAAGAAACAGAGGAAACGGAAGUGAUGAAUCCCACGAUUGCUUAGAAAUCGAUCCAACACAAUUCGAUACUUGCAGCUCCGAUGAUUCUUCUGAGACAUCUGGCGAGAAACAAGUAGAUAAAUCUGUGAAACCAAGCAUCUUGCACCCACUUCUUAAGAACUAUCUCAUUGACGCUACUAACACCAAUAAUGAUUCAACAUCUGCAAGUAUGACUCAAAAGAACCCAGAAGAAGAAGACUGGAAAGAUAGGCUGUAUUCAGGGAUUGCAUUGGAUGGAAAGAAUCUGAAAUCUCUUGAAGGUAUAAGGAUCUUGCUAGCAGAAGAUACACCGGUUCUUCAACGAGUAGCCACCAUAAUGCUUGAGAAAAUGGGAGCUACUGUAACUGCAGUAGGGGAUGGACAACAAGCAGUUGAAUCCCUCAACUACAGGUCUAUCAAUGCUGAAGCUCCAACUCAUGAAGAACACAAACCGUCAGAAGAAGAAACUGCGAAGAGUAGUUUACGAAGUUCCUCACCUUAUGACUUGAUCCUCAUGGAUUGCCAGAUGCCAAAAAUGGAUGGAUAUGAGGCAACAAAGGCGAUAAGGAGAGCAGAGAUUGGCACUGAGCUGCACAUUCCAAUAGUGGCAUUGACAGCGCAUGCAAUGUCUUCUGACGAAGCGAAAUGCUUGGAGGUUGGAAUGGAUGCUUAUCUCACAAAGCCUAUAGACAGAAAGCUUAUGGUCUCAACCAUUUUGUCACUCACUAAACCAUCAGUAUUCCAAACUUCAUUGUCCGGUUGAAUCACCGAGUAAAAAGCUAACAAGACAACUCUUUUUGAGUAGGUUUUUGGAACCUUGCAUUUUGUAUAUAUAUGUGAAUUUUGUAGUUUGACAAAGAGGUUUUGUGAGGGGGACGAAAGAAUCAAGCUUUUUUGUAUACAAAGAAUGUUUUUUUA